UUUAAAUAUAGACCUAUAUAUUUUAUAUGACAUAAUAUAAAAUAAAAUGAUUAUGGAUGGUGUGUUUUAUCAUAUAAAGUAGAACCAAGAUUCCAAUAUGCUUAUGGUCGGUGAGCCGAGCAUGCGUAGAGAAGUGGUCAAAGAGAGAAUGAAGGAUCCUGUUAGGCUGUUAACAUCAUGCGAAUGGAAUAUAUUCCCAUGGACUAUGGCCACAACCAUUUAUUUAUUGUUUUACUACUCACAACUAUUUAGAGUUAAUAGUCAAAAUCGUCCCUGAAAGAUACCCUGAUUUCCAUUUUAGUCCUCGAAAGAUAAAAUUAAUCAAAGUCGUCCCCGAAAGUUAUUCACGUUGGUCGAGUUUGUCCUUCCGUCCUCUCAGGUAGUGACGUGGCUAACGUUUGCUGAGGUGGAAUGUUAAGUGCCAGCGUGGAGAGGUCCAGCAUAGCAACCGUUAAUGCUGAUAAGAUAUGUUUGAUUAUUUAGGUCAAAUUAGUCCUAAUGUUACAACCCUAACCCCCAAUUUGAAGCAUAUAUGUGCGCGAUUCUCAGGUGGCGAUGUAUGUUUGAGGAGUCGCUGCUAUGAUGAGUGGAAGCCGGAGUGGUGACCUACCGUCGCAGUCUAUCGGUAGCCAUGAGUCGAACUCUGCCAUGCGACGGAGGAGGAAGAUGAAGGACCAGACUUGCUUUUGUGGGUUGAAGACGACAAUCAAGAAAUCCGGCACAAGAGAGAAUCCGGAUAGGUUGUUCCACACUUGUGCCAGAUACCCGAAGGGAAGUCACUGCAACUUCUUUAGGUGGGUUGAGGAAGAUGGGUAUGUAGCAGGGGCGGAAACUGAUGCAGAGGUUGGUGGGGACUAUGAUGAAUGGAGACUGAAUGUGUCAUGGAGAUUGGGUAGCUUGGAGGGUGAGGUUAGAGCAAUGAAGAUGCUGAUAAUGUUCCUGUCAGUUGCAGUGGUGGUGGCUACUGUAUUGUGUGUAUCACUGUUGUUCACAUUAAUCUCCAAGUAAAGCCACAAAUGGAGUGUUAUGUUCUUGUGUGUUAUAGGUGUUGUUAGAUCAGAGAAAUUGAAUUAGUUGAUAUGUAAUGAUGAUGUUAAUUAUGAAUGAAAGUAUGGUUUAAUUGUC